CAAUAUUAAUAACAUAUACGAACAGAGUAUGUCGAACGCGUACAAAGAGGUCGGAGGAGCAGACCCGCAGGGAGAGUCAUUGAUUGACCAAAACGAUGGGUAUUUCAUUGAGCCUGAUAAUGCGGAGGCCAGAAACCCAGUACCAAGCCAGACCAACCAUCAGAAUAACAGUACAGAACCAGAAGUUAUCCAACCACAGAUUCCAAUUGACCCAUCUAAGUCACACAUGUUUCAAAUCAGUUUCUACAGAAAGUUCUUCGACCUAGAUUCGGAGCAAUUCUUCACUAAAAUACAGAUGGCACUCAAUCCGUUGAGCAAUUCGUUUUCGCCAACGAAUAGCGAUAACGACGAAUCGACUGAAUUAUAUGGAUUCAUCUGGAUCACCGGAACCUUGAUAUUUUUGAUGUUUGUGAGUGCAACAGGAUCCAACCUUCUAUCAGGAUGGCUUCACUCUGGUAAAGAGGCCAAAUAUAAUUAUAGUUUUGAACUACUUACACAAUCAAUUACCUUGUUUUACGGCUAUAACUUACUAGUUCCUGUUUUACUAUUUGCAUUCACCACUUGGAUCUUAAAAUUCCCAGAAAGACUUUCAUUAACAAAAGUAAUCUCAAUUUAUGGAUACACCAAUGUUUUAUGGUUCCCAAUCACAAUUGUCAAUUUUUUGAUUGUCUUAUUCAUAAGCAACGAAAAGCAUCAUCUCAUUUUGAAUAUGCUUGAAUGGGUCAUAGUGGUCUUGAGUGGGGCAAUUACUGGCUUGAGUAAUAUCAGCAAAAUUAGCCCUAUAGUUAAAAAGAAUACUUUGCUUUUAGCUGAAGGUAAUACCGAGCAGUCAAAUAGACAGCAUAUCACUGUCUUAUUGGCCUUGGGCGUGACCCAUUUACUUUUCACCGUCUUGGUUAAAAUAACUUUCUUUGGAAUAAAAGUAUAGAUGUCUAGAGUCA